GGGGCAUCACGUGGCCCCUAGUUAGCAAACCAGGAAAAUUCCAUCUCUUGCACACUUAGCCUCACAUACCCGUCUGCUCACUCAGCCUGGCACACUUAGCGUCCCUCACCCACCUUCUCAAUUCAGCACACACUCUUGGCACAUUCUUUUCAACCUCAUCUUCUUUCACCUCUCACACGGCCAAAUAGCCAGUCUUUCCCUUACCGACCCAUUGGUCACCACAGACCUACCAUGUCCCUAGGGCCACUGAAAUUCCAGGCAGUGGGAGAGGAGGAUGAGGAGGGUGAGGAAGAGAGCUUAGAUUCUCUGAAGGCCCUGACUGCCAAGCUUCAACUGCAGACCCGACGGCCCUCAUACCUCGAGUGGACUGCCAGAGUCCAGAGCCGGGCCUGGUACAGAGCCCAAGCUAGACCUGAGCCAGUCGGACCUGGGGCCAUCUGUGGCUUUGACUCCAUGGAUUCUGCGCUUGAGUGGCUCAGACGGGAGCUGGAGAUGCGGGCUCAGGACCGGCAGCUGGCAGGGCAACUGCUGAGGCUGCGGGCCCGGCUGCACAGACUGAAAGUGGACCAAGUCUGUCACCUGCACCAGGAGCUUCUGGAUGAGGCUGAGCUGGAGAUGGAGUUAGAGUCUGGGACUGGCUUGCCUCUGGCCCCACCGCUGCGGCAUCUGGGACUCACGCGCAUGAACAUCAGUGCCAGACGCUUCACCCUCUGCUGACAGCACUUGUGUGUCUCUUGCAGUAUCUGGGGAGAAAGAAGGAAGGAAGAGGGACCCCGGAGGCUCUGGCUACCUGCUGGGGAAGGUGGGCACAUUUAGGUUUCCGAAAGCUGAAUUUAAAAAGCACAGGAUGGGGUGGGGGUGGGGGAACUUGGGCCCCAAAUGUCUUAAUAAAAAAAGCAUUGAAUCCCAUCAAGGUUUCUGUAGACUGUCACGGAGCCUAAAUGUUGUUGUAUGUUCAUCCUGUGUCACUGGGACUUUAGGGAUUGAUUCCACAACAGGAGAAAAGAUGGCACCAGAUGUCCCCAACA